CCGCCUAGUGCCCGGUAGCCCGGUCCCCGCCGCGGGGGACCCAGCCGUGUUCGCCGCCCCGCCCCUGCGCUGGGGCUGCCCCCGUGCAGCAGCUUCGGGAGCCCACUGCAGCGCUGCUGCACCCGCCUCGCCGCCAGCGGCCCCUGCCGCCGCCUGCUGGGUCCGUGCAGCGGGGCGAUGAAGCGGGACCCGCUGCCCGCGGAGCGCCAGGCGCAGGAGGAGGAUGCUGGGGAGCAGAAAACGCCCCUCUGGAUCUUCGGCUACGGCUCCCUGGUAUGGAGACCCGACUUCGAGUUCAGCUCCAGGAAGGUGGGCUUCAUCCGCGGCUACAGCCGCCGCUUCUGGCAGGGAGACACCUUCCACCGCGGCAACGAGAAGAUGCCUGGCCGUGUGGUUACCCUCCAGGAGGAUUAUGAUGCAUGCACGUGGGGUGUUGCCUAUGAAGUCCGUGGAGAGCAGAUUUCUGCAUCACUCCAAUACUUGAACGUGCGAGAAGCAGUCCUGGGGGGCUAUGACACCAAACUAGUGAAGUUCCACCCCCAGGAUAAAGAGGCUGACGAACCCAUCCUGGCCCUAGUUUACAUUGCUACACCCCAGAACCCCACCUACCUUGGCCCAGCAUCUGAAGAGGACAUUGCAGCCCAGAUCAUUGUCUCGAGUGGUCGGUCUGGACACAACAUAGAGUAUCUGCUGCGACUGGCAGACUUCAUGCGCUACUUUUGUCCCCAGGUGGAGGACGAACACUUGUUUUCCAUUGAGGAGGCCCUUGUUUCCAUCCUGCCCUGUCUAUGCCAGGCUGAGGAGCCUUUAGUGGAGGUGUGAAUGAGAUUCCUAUCUCAGAGGGUUGAAAGGGGAGAUGUCUUCAUCUGAUAUUUUCAAAUGAAGAUGAGGGGGAAGGAAAACAAGGAAAAAAUAUUGGACUGGUUGAGACAUAAGCAUGACAGUGAACAAGUAGUUGGGGGCAGGGAAACUGCUACAAGCAUACUUGAGCUGCCACACUCACCACCUGUGGAAACAUGGUGCCCAUUCCUGGUCUCCUAGCUGGGUGUGAGGAUCAUGACUGGUUGGUGAGUUUUCACUGUAAGGCUUGGUUCUGUGGCAGUCAAAUGUGAACAGUAGGGUGUUCACUCCUCUUUUUAGAGAGAGAGGAUGCUGUCCUCUUCAGUGUACUUUUAUUUUGGACACGAGUUGAGCUGGACUUGACUGCAGUGUUUCGCAGUAUAACGGUCACUCUACCUCAGACUGGCAAAGCCACUUGUACGGUGGCGGGGACAAGAGCAUGCUUGGUAUCAAAUGAGACCUCCUCUUUCUUCCCUCUCCCACCUCCAGUAUAGUGACCGGACUUUAACGUAUAAUGCCGGGGCUCCUGUGCAAUAUAAAAUUCAUUUGCCUCUAUAGGUUCUUAUGAGCCCUACCUCCUUAUAUAUGUCUCAAAGGGACCGAACCAAUGCACUUACUUGAAGAUGUAUUUAUUGUAAUGUGUAGUAUUUUUCCUUAAGAGGGGGAAUGUCUGUCUGCUGGUGUAACAGCUCAUGUCCUGCAGUGCAGGGUGUGGCACAAAGGUGUGAGCCCCUUACCAGACCUUGAGUUUACAUGUGGAGAAAAAGCUGUCCUGACAGUGUUGAGUGGGGGAGAAGGAAGCUGAUGAAGCAGUAAAGACUAAACUCAUCAGCUUCACCUGGCAAGUUCCCUGCUGUUAAAUAGUGUUUGUGACAGAGCUGCUGCUAUUGCAAGGUAUGGUAGUAGAAUCCCUCUCAAGAACAGACUGACAAUGUGGACUAGUCUUGUUUUUAAACAGUUUAACCAUGAUCGGGGAGAGGAAAUGUUUGACAUGUUACUGUGGCUUGUGUGUAUGAGGAAGUGAAAUUGUAUUGUGCCCAGUAAUAAACCAACUGACACUAAAAUGACAAAAAAAAAACCUGAUGGAUUUUUAAGCA